AUGGAAAAGGGAAAUGCAACAUUGCUGACAGACUUUGUUCUCACAGGACUUACAGAUCGGCAAGAGCUUCGGGUCCCACUGUUCCUAGUGUUCUCGGUAAUCUAUCUCAUCACCCUUGUGGGAAACCUUGGAUUAAUUGCUCUAAUCUGGAAGGACUCUCACCUGCACAUCCCCAUGUACUUCUUCCUUGGGAGCUUAGCUUUUGUGGAUGCUUGGAUAUCAUCCACGGUGACUCCAAAUAUGCUGGUGAACUUGUUAGUAACAAGGAAGAUGAUAUCUCUUUCGGAAUGCAUCAUCCAAUUUUUUGCCUUUGCAUUUGGUGGAACCACAGAAUGCUUUCUGUUAGGAGUAAUGGCUUAUGAUCGCUAUGUAGCCAUAUGCAAACCUUUACGUUAUCCAGUGAUCAUGACCAAUAGGCUAUGCUUGCGGCUAUUAGUUUUGUCAUUUGUGGGGGGCUUUCUUCAUUCCUUGUUUCAUGUGGGAUUUUUAUUUAGAUUAACCUUCUGUAAUUCCAAUGUAAUACAUCACUUUUAUUGUGAUAUAAUGCCUUUGUAUAGCAUUUCCUGUACUGAUCCUUUCAUUAAUUUGCUGCUGGUAUUUAUUUUUUCUGGUACAAUUCAAGUAUUCACUAUUGUGACAGUUCUUAUAUCAUACUCGUUAGUGAUGUUGACAAUUUUAAAGAAGAAGUCAAUGAAAGGCCUACGGAAAGCCCUCUCCACCUGCGGGGCUCAUCUCUUAUCUGUGUCUUUGUACUAUGGCCCUCUUCUAUUCAUGUAUGUGCUCCCCGCCUCCCAACAAGGAGACAAUCACGGCAUGAUGGACUCUUUAUUUUACACUGUCAUAAUUCCAGUGUUAAAUCCUCUUAUCUACAGUCUGAGGAACAAACAAGUCAUAAACUCACUGACUAAGAUAUUAAACAGAAAUGUAUAG